AUGUCGCAAAGGAAACACGUCCCAUACGACAUCAUCAUCAUCAGCAUCCUGCCAAAGCUACCGGUCAAAUCAAUAGUAAGGUUCAGAUGUGUCAGCAAGUUAUGGGACUCCACAAUCACCAGCUCUGAUUUCAUCUCCACCCACCUUAUUAGUAACAACAACAAUAACAACGUGUCUGAUCAUGGUUAUCUCAUACACAUGCCUAAUGUUAUCACAAAGGAAGCCACGUAUUCUUCUUCUUCAUUAUCUUCUUCUUCUCUUUCUAACCCAGUUUGUUUGGUUGCUUGUGAUCCUAAGUUUAACAAGAUUUCUGAGUAUAGAAUUUCCUCAGAUUUCUCUAUAGAGUGUUCCAAUAUAGUAGGUUCAUGCAAUGGCGUAUUGUGUCUCGCUGAUUCUUCAUGGAACCCCACGUAUUUGUGGAACCCCAGCAUUAGAAAGUUCAAGAGUUUGCCUUGCUUAAGCAGAUACCAAUGGGUUUCCGCUGGAUUUGCUUAUCAGUCUGAAACCAAUGACUACAAGGUCAUAAAGAUAUAUUCUACGUCUGAACCCUCCAUCAAAAGACAUGCUGAGCUACAGGCCGAGGUUUACACGUUAAGUUCGGAUGAAUGGAGAAGGGUUGGAAUCUCAUUGAACUUAAUAAGAUUAAAGGAAUCUCAUUCAUCUGAUACAUUUGUUAGUGGGGCUUUGCAUUGGGUGGCAUGGAUUAAAGAGGAUUUCGGAAUUAGUAGAAAAAAGAUUUUGUCAUUUGAUGUCAACAAUGAGAAAUUUGGAGAGAUAGCAAUCCCUUAUGGUGGGAAAAUACACCCAGAAAUUCUAGCUGUGAUCAAGGGGAAUCUGGCCUUCAUUUCAUCAGAAUUUUGUUAUGCCCCUGGAAUACGCUACGGCGUUUGGGUGAUGGGGGAGUAUGGUGUAUGUGAAUCAUGGAAUAAACUUUUUACCUUGCGGUUGGGAGGUUUUGAAUCCAUAAUUGGUUGCACGAGGCAUGGUGAAGUUAUAGUAAAGACUGCCAAGACAAAAUUCGAUGCUGAAUUACAAGGGGGAAUUUAUUUUGUUGUUGUUAUAAUUGACCCUGUAACUCUAGAUGAGAAGGAGCUUAUUGUUCCACAUUUUCCAACUAAAGCUACUACUUUUGUGGAAAGCCUUGUGUUGCUUGAUGAAAAUCCGGAUAAGAAGAUUUCAUAG